AAAUGUUUGAAGAGUUCCGAAAAGAAGUACCUUGACCUAUUUUUCUGCCAACUAGCCCCUACUGGCUUCAGCCAAAAGUAAAAAGUUUGAAUCAAAAGCCUACGGAUGAAAAUGGCAGCAAAUGCAUUGCUGAAGAACGGAAAAGUCAUUGCAAGGUCUUUUGCCCAAGCCUCAAGCAUCCGCAGUCUACAUAAUGACAAAGUCUAUGAGCUGAGGACCUACAGCAUUACACCCAAGAAUUUCAAAGAGUUUUAUGACCUAUCUGUAGAAUACAUGCAUUUAAGAACCAACCAUUCCAAGCUGGUAGGGUACUGGACCAGUGAAAUAGGAGGAAUCUUUGAUAUGGUUCACAUAUGGGAAUAUGAUAAUCUUCAGCAUCGGGCCAAGGUAAGACAAGCUAUGACAGGUGAUCAGGAAUGGUCGUCAAAAUACAUCUCCAAAGUCUUUCCCAUGAUGGAACGUUUGGAGAAUGUCCUCCUCAAGCUGGACAGCAAGAGCAGCCUAGAGCAGACAAACACAGGGGGUGUCUAUGAAAUCUGUUGCACUGAAAAACCGUUAAAAGAACUUCCUAAUACCAAGGGGGAUGGUCAAUUGCUGGGAACCUUCUCAACUCUUAUUGGAUCCCUCAAUACAUCAUACCAACUUUGGUACCACAAAUCCCUGGAUGCAUUAGUUUCCAGUGCUGAUUUAGGAACAUAUGGUACGCAUAGCACCAAAAGCAGACUCCUCUUACCUACACCCUGGUCCCCAAUGAAGUAGCUUAGAAGUGUACUGCCACCCUCACAAUGGAUUCAGCUCAUUUAAUCAAUGUCAUGAUAGGUAGGGAGAAUGUGGACUUAAACUUGAUGCUAAGUGCAUGUAUAUACCCAUUCUGAAACCAGUUUAAACAGUGGUUGUUAUAUAUAUACAUUUAUUGUUUGUAGUCAGAUCUAUGGUAGUACACAUGUAACCAUUAUUAUGUACAUGUUAUAUGUAAAAAGUAUAUUCAUCUUCUGAAACUAUUGCAUACGGACUGUGAACCAACAGGUUAAACUUUCUUUGUUCUCAUGAACAAUUUAUACUUAUUUCCAUGGGACAUAUAUUUCAAACUUUCGUGAAGGAAAUUUCAGCAAUCUGACAUGUUUAUGCAAACAAGUGAUCAUGAACAUUGGCAUUUGGCAUGUUUGCAUUGAAAACAUUCCACCAAAAUUGAUAGUUUUGCAUUUUCAUUUGUGGAUGAAAAAUACCAUUAAUAAAAUAUUUAUGAAACCAAAGAGAGUUCAGCAAGUUGGCCCAUUGUCAGCAAGCACUUGAUGUGGGUUUUUGAUACCGGUUCAUGUAUAAUUUUUAUGCUCUAUACAUGUAUUGCCAGCAGUUUUUAUUUAGUUUUACCCAACUUGUUUUCUAGAUCGUGUUCAAUUAUAAGUGUGUUCACUAGAGAUAAAUUAGAAUAAAUUUAUGUACAAAUCACUAUCUAAAUCCAAGAUAUGCUAAAACCAAACUAGUCAGUCAUUUUUUUCUUCAUUUCUCUAAUUUCAAUUGUGUGUAUUUUACAGAUCAGCAUUCAGCAGUUCAUAAACCAAAGUUUUUUGUUACUUUUUCUUCGUAUUAUGUACAUGUAUGGUGCUAGUUACAUUUAGUAUACAAAUGUUAAGACACGUUAAAGAAAUAAAUAUUUUAUGCUGAUACUUCA